UCGAAUGACUUUUCGGACUUGACUUUUCUUCUCCAUUAUUUGUCUCUGUGAUUUGUCUAUUCUGUAUUCGACCGCGAUUAAACCAAAGCAAACUUUAAUCCUAAAAUAAUCAUCAUGGACGAUUUCGGCGACAGUUUCGUUCAGCCCGAGGUGGACCCUGCAGCGGACUUCCUAGCCCGCGAACAGAACCAACUCGCUGGUCUCGAGGAUGACUUGGAAACCAGUGCUCCGCCCCCCGUAGCCACUCUGUCGUCUAAUGGGUUCGAUGAUUUCGUUGAAGUACCAAGUGCAGCUUCAUUUGAAGCCAAUGGCCUGAUGGAUGAGGAGCUGAGCUCGGCGCCAGCGCCCGCCCCCGCCCCGGCCGUGACUCCAGUGUUCCGGCAGGAGCGGGAGGAGCCCGAGAAGAUCAAGUUGUGGAGAGAAGAGCAGAAGAAGAGAUUGGAAGAGAAAGAUGAGGAGGAAGAAAGAAAGAAGCAGGAAAUGUUAAAAGUGGCCAAGAAAGAGCUAGAAGAUUGGUACAAAACUCAUGAGGAGCAAAUUGCCAAGACCAAGGCGGCUAACAGGGAGUCUGCUAAAAAUGCCGAGAAAGCCCUAGCACGGGGCUCCGAGAGCGGCCCAGAAGAGGGCAACGAGUGGGCUCGCGUGUCGGAGCUGUGCGACUUCGGGCCACGCCGCGGCAGGGACGUGGCGCGCCUGCGCUCCAUCGUGCUGCAAUUGAAACAGGCCGGCGUGCGGCCCAACUACCCGCCUAGAUCCACUAAAGUGGCUUGAAUGGAUAAAGUAUAUUGUACGCUAAGGAAAGAAUUAUUGUUAUUAGCCUGAAUAUAACUAAGAUCAGUCUCAGUGUUAUUGAAUCACAUUAUUAUUAUAAAUAAAUUAAUAUUAUAGUAUUAAUAGAAAUUGUUAUUAUUAACUAUUGUAGCAAAAUUAUAACAGCAUUCUUGUAAAAGUUCUUCCUGCACAGACCUACUCAAGAUUUUGUAUGGAAAUCAUUAUUGUCAAAUUACUUCCAUACAAAAUACAAAAUGGAAGUGAACAUUUUUGUUUGUUAAUAAUAAAUAAUAGUCGCUAGUGUGACACUAGCCUUAAUAUUAUAACAGCUUUCAUGUAACAACUGUUAAUUAUUUUUUGUUUAACACAGUUCAUCAAUAUCUUUAAUAUUGAGGUUUGCAUAUUGUUUAUUUGAAAUAGUAUUAAAAUAAAUAUCAUUCCAAAAUCAC